AUGGGAUCGCUGCCAUUGCCCAGAGUAGCUCCGUCGCAUUCAUUCACCCACACUGGUGUGUAUUAUGCUGGACCGAUACAGAUAAGACUUUCCAGAGGAAGAGGAUAUAAAUCCUACAAAGGAUACAUGGCAGUCUUUAUAUGUCUAUCAACGAAGUCAGACAACGGCACAAACUUCGUAGAAGCCAAGAGAAUCCUGGACAAGGAAACAAAAGAUGCCAUUGACGAACAAGCCAUAAAAGAAGCAGUUGCCACCGAAACCGGUGAUUUAUUUUCUGGAUUGAACGAUGGCCUAAUAAGUAGGGCGGAAGCGUUAGCAGUAGUUGACAUUAAACAUCAAGGCACAGGGGGGCCGGGCGGGUUACAGCAGCUGAAGCAUGAUAUGAUGUAUCACCACACCAUGGGUGCACCACCCUCUGUUAGUAGACCACAUCAGAUGGGUCAUAUGGAUGGCUUGGAAAUGCUCGAUCCCAUAUCCACUUCCUCGAUGACAACAUUAACGCCAAUGUCAGAAACUUCAUCCCAUAUGCAUUCCUACGGCAUGAACCACAUGAUGAAUCAUCAUCAUCACGGAGGUCCUCUUUCUGCACAUAGCGUUCCAGGUCAUCAUCCAGGUCACCACGGAGGUCACCCUGGUGCACAUCAUCCCGCGAUGGCUGCUGCUGCGGCAGCUGCAGCAGUCGCGGGUCUUCAUCCUGAUGCCGAUACAGAUCCUAGAGAACUAGAGGCUUUCGCCGAAAGAUUCAAGCAGAGACGGAUAAAACUAGGAGUAACACAAGCAGACGUAGGAAAGGCUUUGGCUAACUUGAAACUUCCUGGAGUCGGCGCUUUAUCGCAGUCGACAAUAUGUCGAUUUGAAUCCCUUACUCUAUCCCACAACAAUAUGAUAGCGCUCAAACCCAUCCUUCAAGCGUGGCUGGAAGAAGCAGAGGCUCAGGCUAAAAACAAAAGAAGAGAUCCAGAUGCUCCUAGUGUGCUACCAGCGGGAGAAAAAAAGAGGAAAAGAACUUCCAUAGCAGCGCCAGAAAAAAGGAGCUUAGAAGCUUAUUUUGCCGUUCAACCGCGACCAUCUGGUGAGAAGAUUGCAGCUAUUGCCGAAAAAUUAGACUUGAAGAAGAAUGUAGUGCGCGUGUGGUUUUGCAAUCAAAGACAAAAGCAGAAACGAAUGAAAUUCGCUGCGCAACAUUGACCCGAAGUUAACUUCGGUUACUCGGUGAACUAGCGAUACGGAAAAUUCACAUUUUGUGAUCUUUUGUGAAUCCUCACUAUUGCUCACGGUGAGGUGGAGUGAAGCGUCGGAAUAAAAUAAUAGAUCAAAUGAAAAAAUCAAUCCUAAUUAGGAAGCACAAGCUUAUAUAGAUUUUCUUGUUUUAGUUAGUAGAAAUGAUCGAUACUCUUGACACAAUGUUCUGUAUAAAACUAAU